AUGGACCUCGAUGAAACAAUGACCACAUCAACCAUCUCAACGCCCUCCGCGGCUCAAGACACCGUCGACAUAGACGAAACCUACGAAGACGACAACCUCUAUCCGGACUCACACGGUGACACCGGAAGUGGUGCCAUGAGCGACCGCCCAAGAACUCCUGCAAACGACCACCUCAACGCCGCAGCUCCGGGCGAACUCUCUCCCCCCCGCUCUCAGACCCAAGGCGAAGACGUGAAUCGGCCAAUGGUCACCCCGAUGUCGAACGGCGGAUACACGGGUGCCACAAACACUGCUACGACCAGAGGUGCAACGAGAUCCCAUGCUGAGCCCCAAUUCGAGGGUUCGAGGGAAGAGGGCCUGCCAUAUUCAUCAUCGGGCCCCAACGAGCGGGACGAACGACCUGGUUGGGGAUGGAAGAAUAAGAAGGCCCAAGAGGACAUGCAACGCGCGAUGGAUAAUGUUGUUGAUCGAGAUUUCAGCUUAAAGGAAUUUGGUGAUGUGAUAUUGUUGGGCAAGGCUCAGAUGGCUCAGCAAUGA